UAGACAGGAGUGAGGCAACACUUCUUGGCAUGGCCACCUGUCACCCCUUUGCCCCCACAGAGGAAAAAUUCUGCUAAUAUUUCAGGGGUCUCGGUGGUCACCAUGUGCAUAAUAGGAAUGCCACACCUCCCAUCUGUGGGGAGGUACUUCCUCUUUCGUGUCAUAUUAAAAGCUCAGUGUCCCGCUAAGAACUUCCAUACAGAGUGCAUUGACCAUGAGUUUGACUACCACUCAGAGUCAGCCCUUCAGCCGAGCUGUAAGGAAGAUCAGGGUGGCUUCCAUGGUGGCCAGCCUGGCCAAGAGCUGGCAAACCUGGGCCAAUGAGCACACUAACAAACAAGACACCAUCCCAACAGGAUGGAUUCCUGACUCCAUCAUUGAGCAAGCCAAAGAGAAGGAUAAUGUGAGGAAUGAGACCAAGUUCCUGGUCACACCACGCAUCGCCAUAAACGCCGAAGAUGGCAGCAGCAGUAGGAUCAAGACAUGCAUGAUGAGCAAGACCAUCACACCAAAGAGCAGAGAGUGCAGCCAUAAUCUGGUGAGUUCCAACAAAGAGAAGAUCCAUUCCAAUCAGCUGGCACCCGAGGAGCCUAGAAACUGCCUGGGGAAUAAAUCUCCCACCAGAAGGCGCCACUGUGUCGGCAAGGUUACAGCUGUAACAACGGCCCUGAGAAAGACAGAAGAGAGGGAAAUGUCUCGCAGCAGUAGUAUAGAAACUGAGGACAGCGGACUUGGAGAAGAUGUGUCUUUAAGUGACAACAGUGAUCAAAGUGAGCCUGAAGAAAAUAAACUAAUUAGCAAAGCCAAGAUAAAGGUUAGCACAAUGGAUGACCUGAAGAACAAAUGGAAGAAGUUUGCAGAAGCGCACGCUGAGGGUCAGAAACUUAACCCUUUUAGUGAGGACUUUGACUACAAACAUGCCAUGGCCACUCGACUCCACAAGGGUGAUGCAGGCUACGGUCGCCCCAAAGAGGGCUCCAGAACGGCUCAGCGAGCAGAUCGCGCCCAGAAGCACAUCCGCCGCGAGAUGGAUGAGAUGUGCUUCAUCAUCCGUGACAUGGGCAUGAGAGACAAACAAGGAAGCAUUUACGUGACUUUUGGUCACCUGUUCGACCGUUACGUCAAGAUCUCUGAUAAGGUGGUGGGAAUUCUGCUGCGCUGCCGCAAGCACAAGAUGGUGGACUUUGAGGGCGAGAUGCUAUGGCAGGGCCGGGACGAUGAUGUCAAAAUCACCUUGCUGGUGUAAUGUUCUGGGAUAUUGACAAAACUAGCACAUUGAACUGUAGUCAGACGUUAAGCAACUAAACCAAUCAAGGUGAGAUUCACAAACACUGAGCAUGCUUUGAAUUAUGCAAAGUACCAAUUUAACCAAGGUAUCCUAAUAAGUGUAUCCAUAAACUGAAAUAAGUUCA